AUGGAUUCAUCUUCAGACCGUGGCCUGGAGGACGAUUUGGAGCUUGACAACGACAUCCAGCACACGCCCCUAUCGGACUACGAGGCCGGCGAGGCCACAAAGCAGUCGGCCGUGGCGGACGCGGCGAAAUUCGAGCUCGAGGCCCAGCAGGCACUCAAGUCCCAGAUUCUCAUCCUGUGUUCUGCGCUCGGCGGGGCCGACGACAGCGGCAAGUACGUGCUGGGCGUCGACGCGCUGGCGUGUCUCAAGGACAUCAAGCGCUGGAUCAAGGUUGUGGACGACGCGUCGGACAGCUGGAACGUGGCCUCGGCGUGCGACGACAACGGCCUCGUGGUCAACGAUCUGAUCCCGAUACUGGUGCAGCUGCCGGCCCGCGCCGCUGAGUCGAACCGGGCAUUUUACCACAGCAUUCUGCUCGCCGCCCUGGAGCUUUUGGUGGCGCUGACGCGCCCGCUGGUCCUCGACACGGAGCGCGCCUCGGCGGCGAAGAUUGACCUGUACAUCAAGCUGAAAAAAUCGCACCCCCAAGGACACCGUGAUCCUCAACUUGUGUCUGCACCUGUUCCGCAACGUGCUGCGCAUCGAGCCGGCAGACACAACGGUGGGGCCGCGGCGCAGCGCGUCCAAGACGCAGCAGGUCAACGACAACAUGCCGCGCGGCGUGAGCGCGGAGGACAUCAGCUUCUCGCACACGGUGUGCGUUUUCCGCGACAACAAGGUGCUGCGGUUUGUGCAGACGAUCACGGCGGGGCUGGGGCGCGAGUUCGACGAGCGCGUGCUCGGCACCGUGUGUCUCGACACCUACUUCUACCUGCUCUACGGGCUCGACCCAGCCACGGUGGCGGUGCAGGUAGACGACGGCGCGCGCGGCGGUGCAGCCGGCGCGCUGUCGCUUGGCUCCGCGCUGGAGCACGAGAAACUGCUCAAGAAAAAGCUGCUGAGCAACAACGUGACGCGCCACGCCAACUUCGGCACGCUGCUGAGCAUUCGGCAGGGCGACGAGCCGGUGCUGACGGUGUCGGGCCAGAAACGGCUGAUCCGCGCGGACCUGCUCGAGCAGCUCGACGCCGGCGUGUCGAAGAAGGCGGUGGCGGCGCGGCAGACGGCCAACAGGAACGAGAGCACGCGCUCGGACUUUGA